AUGUUUUUUGUUUGGUCAUUGGUUUCAUCGGCGAUUGAGGUGAGAUUUUUGAAUUUUGAAAAUUUGGGUUAAAAUUUGCCACGUGGCAACUGAAAUUUGAAUUUUUUUUGAAACAAAAUUCCACGUGGCAGAAUUUUUUAUUAAUUUUUAAAAAUUUGUAAUGUUUGAAAAAAUUAAAAUUUCGAUUUUUCAGAAAUUGAAAGGCCACGUGGCAACUCAAAUUUGAAUUUUUUCCAUAAUUUUUGUGCGAAAAAUUGAAUUUCAAAUAUUUAAAAAAUUAAAAAUUCAAUUUUUCAGAAAAAUGAAAAACCACGUGGAAACUCAAAUUUGAAUUUUGUUCAGAAUUUUGGCGUGAAAAAUUUAAAUUUAAAAAUUAUAGAUUUUUCAGAAAAUGAAAAGCCACGUGGCAGCUCAAAUUUAAAAUUUUGAAAAUUUCAAAUUCACGCCUGAAAAUUCAAAAAAAAACGUGGCAAUUCAAAUUUUUUCCAGAUUUUUGGGCGGGAAAAAUUAAAUUUCAAAUAUUUUUUUUUAAAUUUAGAUUUUUCAGAAAAUGAAAAGCCACGUGGCAAUUCAAAUUUAAAAUAAUUCAAUUUUUCAGAAAAUUUAAAAAAAAACGUGGCAAUUCAAAUCAUGUGUCCCAUUUCCAGAUUUUUGGACGGGAAAAUUUCAAAUAUUUUUUGAAAAAUGAAAAUCCACGUAGCCGAAAAAAUCACGUGUCCCCCCAAUUCUAGCAUUGCUCAUUUUAGGCCGCCCGAAAACGUCACUUGGCCAAUUUCCUCCGCUCACUUUUACAACAACAACGGGUCACCAAAAACUAUGAGAUGCUCAUUUGGAAAAAUGAUAGGUUUGAAUUUGGCGCGAAAAUCUGAAAUUCAAAAAUUUUUUUCAAAUUUUAUUUUUUUUCAGAGCGAUUAGAGAGAUGAACAAAUUAUACCGACCAAUUAGUGAGCCGAAACUGAAUUCGAAUUUGAUUUUGCAAAACGAUUUAAUCCAAGUUUUCGCCGAGAAAUUUGAGGUUAACAUGAGCAACGCUUCAGAAUUCCAGCCAAAAAUCAAUAAUUUAUUUCAGACACUGCGUGUUAGCGAAUGGCGUUUUUGUCCAACAAUUUGGCCGUGCGAAGAGGAUUCGAUAUAUUUUGUAGUUUAUGAUGAAUUAGAUGUGCCUUUAAGGAAUUGUGGGUCACAAGAAGAUCAAAUUUUGGCGCCGAAUUUAUUCAAGGUUGGUUUUUUGAAGGGGAAAACACUGGAAGAGAACAAAAAUUAG